CGAUUACUCCUCCUGGGAAACAUACAAACUAACAUUCACUGAGCCAUCACGGCAAGGUUUUCACCAUGAACUUUAUGAAUUCGACCUUCUCGUCGACUACUCCUGAAACCUACUGGGAUCAUUAUGAUGACAUUUCCGCCCAUAGCUCACACCUAAACGUUGCUGAACGUUUGUGGGCAGCUUGGUAUGCUUGGAUGCAAAAUGAUGUCCUAGCGACAGGUAUCAUGUCCUUCGUUAUGCACGAGCUAGUAUACUUUGGGCGGUCUCUGCCGUGGAUUCUCAUCGACACGCUUGGUUUUUUCAAGAACUAUAAGAUUCAGAGUAGUAAAAUUCCGUCCUUACGGGAGCAGUGGGAUUGCGCCAAAUUUGUCCUUUUGAGCCAUUUCACGGUUGAGUUACCCCAAAUAUGGCUUUUCCAUCCAAUGGCUCAAUUCUUCGGUCUCUCUACAUCUGUGCCGUUUCCUUCUUUCUGGACAAUGGCCUACCAAAUCGCAAUCUUCUUCGUCAUGGAAGACACAUGGCAUUAUUUUUCCCAUCGAGCUCUCCACUGGGGUCCACUUUACAAAGCCAUUCACAAGAUCCAUCAUCAAUAUUCAGCUCCAUUCGGCAUGGCCGCUGAAUAUGCGUCACCUAUAGAGGUUAUGAUUCUGGGAUUUGGUACUGUUGGAUGCCCAAUUGUAUGGUGCGCUGCGACUGGGGAUCUGCAUAUCUUUACGAUGUAUGUUUGGAUUGUGCUUCGGUUGUUCCAGGCCAUUGAUGCACACAGUGGGUAUGAGUUCCCAUGGAGUCUACACCACUUUCUUCCUUUUUGGGCUGGAGCAGAUCAUCACGACCUUCACCACGAGAAGUUCGUUGGCAACUACUCCAGCAGUUUCAGGUGGUGGGAUUAUGUUUUGGACACAGAGUACAGUCCCGAGGCGAUCAGGCGGAGGCGGGAUCACAAGGCGGUCGGCGGUGCGAAGAAAACCGAAUAACGCUAUCGUACUUGAGGUCUCGUGGGUAAUUUUUAUUUCUGCACUGCUGUGAUACUUAGAAUGGCAUUAAUAUGAGCAUUGUCACUCCCCUUGCCAGGAGUACUUCCCCAGACAUGCUCAUUUGGGACCGGGGCAUACCCCGUCAUAUCGAUAGCCCGACGGCUCAUCGUAUAAUACUUGGCUGAUGAGAUAGAUUUUAAUGAUAAACAAGGUGCCAAACUUCA